AGCGCCUCCCUCGCGAGCCGGUGCGAAAGGGGCCGUCCCACGGUGUGCACCCCGCUGAGCUCAAGGGACAUUGCACCUGGACCAUCUAUUGCGCACAGCCCAGCCCAGGACGGCCGGCGGGGCACACUGGGCAGGGCGGGUGCAAGGGCGGGGCGAGGUGUCUGCGCCCGGCCCCCUCCGCUGACUAUAAAAGCAGCCGCUGGCUGUUGGGCUCCACCACGCCUUCCACGUGCACCACUGCCUCUUCUCUUCUGGCUUGGGAACUCCAGCCUCUCCUCGGGUUGCAAUGGACCCCAACUGCUCCUGCGCGGCUGGUGACUCCUGCUCCUGCGCCGGCUCCUGCACAUGCAAAGAGUGUAAAUGCACCUCCUGCAAGAAGAGCUGCUGCUCCCGCUACCGCGUGGGCUGUGCCAAGUGUGCCCAGGGCUAUGUCUGCAAAGGGGCGUCAGAGACAUGCAGCUGCUGCGACUGAUGCCAGGACAGCCUUUCUCCCAGAUGUUAAUAGCCAGACAUGUACAAACCUAGAUUUUUUUUUAUACCACCUUGACCGGUUUGCUACAUUCCUUUUCCUAUGAAAUAUGUGAGUGAUAAUUAAACACUUUAGACAUGA